AUGCCAGGCGACUUCUCGGCGAUAGGAGCAGAUGGUGAAAGCGUGAUGCUGGAGAGUCUUGGUGCUGCUUGGAUUGGCGCCGUGGAUUCCAAGGGCGAAGCCUUGGAGGUCAAGGAGGACUCGGAAGGUGUGACUCUGGACAUCCAUACCACGGUCCAAGCCAAAAAUGCCGCGAAAUUGGAGGUGCUUCCAGAGAUGUGGAGCUUCGACGAAGAGACAGGGAAGUGGCAGCUGGCAGCUUCAGACAUGGCGAUCGACGGCCAAGCUGCGCCAAAUGCAUCACGUGUAACCGUCCGUGAGGAAACAGCGGUCGAAGAAGAGCUGCCGAAAGCCCGGCCGAGAAAGUCGAAGCGUGCCUACCGAAAGCCGUUUGAUCCGGAAAAGGUGGCGAAGACGUGGAUGACCCCCGAGGCAUUCCGGGAAAAGCUCGCACAGGAGGGCGAAAAAUCGAUCGCGGCCCCCGUGUCGAAGUUGGGUUACUGGAACAUCGACAUGGCGUACCACUCUCCAAACAGAGCGGUCAUGUUCAAAGGACGGGUACUGGAUCGUGCUGGAGAUCCUCUUGCAGAUGCUCAGAUUUGGGGCGUCGGGAAGAGCUACCAUGGCCGGUCGCCCGACACAACUGACAAGGGUGGGCGCUUUGAAGCUUUGGUGGUUCAGUUUGACAGCGAGGUGGACGUGGAGGUCUCUUAUCGCAAGCCCGCGGACUCCGACAAGAAGCUGGAUGUGUUUUUCCAGGGCGGCUAUGCACCGAGGGUUUCCUCGGUGACGGUGGAGAAGCUGCUGGCACAGCUUCCGGGCUCCUACCACUUGGAUGAGACGAAGGAAUAUCCACGCUGGUGGAAGAGUGCUCCACAGGGGGUUGGCCCAUCGUGCUCGAUUCGUUGGUCCAGUCUGCGACACCGUUGGCACCUGAUGGUCGGCGAGCGGGUUCUCUUUGGCUUCCCUGGCGACGAAGACGGGCAAAGAGGCUCCCCUGUGGGCGACGGCUGGCAGCCCACGAGGGACCUCGCGACGGAGAGCUUGACUGUGCUCAAAUGCCAUCGUGCGCGGAAAGUGAUCUCGGAAAAGUUUGGACCAUAUCACACUGGCCCUGCAGGAAAUUUCGUGGAUGUGGGUGAGUUCAAAACCGGCGCGUGA